AUGGACGAACUAGCUAAAGCUCCUUUCACCGCCUCACUGCCUUCACAUCCAUCCAACCUGAGCGACCUGCACACAGUCAAUACCGACGAUACAUGUUUUCUCACCAAUCUUGCGACUGAACUCGUUCAUCGUAUAAUCGAUUUUAUACCCCCCGCAUCCCAUAUCGACUUCGCAUGUUCCUGCAAACAUUUAUACGCAUGUUCCGCGGACGUGUUUAAGCGCCAUCGUGGCGCCCAACUGAAAUACGGUGUUGCGUCUGAUAUUGACCCUGCUACGAUUCCCACUCUCCUUCGAAGCGCAUUUGGAUAUGGUGACCCUAUUUUGGCAUGGCACGUUCGAUCCUUGGAAGUCUGGUACGACCGCAGAGGAUGGGGCAUGUGGAAAACGCUCGAUUUUGAAACACCUGUCGAUCAGAGUACGCAGUCGCCGAUAGCGUGGGAGUUUAUACCUGGCGAAAUCGACGAUUAUUUAGCGCGACUGGAGCAGGGACAGGGUCGUCUUCUACCCCGGCGUAUCGAUGAAGCACGUACGCAGAUCCUGGACGGGCAUGAUACUUACCUAAAAGCCCUCCUUGUUGUUCAUUGUCCGAGACUUCGCGAUGUCAAGUUUGUCUUACCAGCGCGUCACGAGGUCGAAACAUGUUCUUGUCUUGGAUGGCUUGACACCUUUAUAAACGAUUCUCAUAACAAGAAGACUUCUUGGGGCCCGGGACUGCAAAACCUACAAUCAGCCGCGGUCGGCCUACCUUCGGGGACCUGGAUGGACGAUGCCUUCCAUCCUAACACAGAGCCUCUAAACAGCAUAGGGAUACUGGUACAAUUCCUGCGUCUACCUCACCUGAAAAGGUUAUAUUACAAAGACCUCGAGGACACCAGUGACGAUGAUGUAUCUUGGGACGUGUUAGUACCAGCCGGAGCUUCCAGCAUCAAACAUCUCUUCCUGGACAAUUGCGGCGAGCUAAACAGCGGGCCUCUCAAUGCUCUUGUGGCCGCUCCGUCAGCCCUCCAAACAGCCUGUUUUCGCGCCGGCGAUGCAUUACUUGAACACGCCGACAAUUGGGUCGGCAGUCUAGGCAGCUGUCAAGGACAGUCGCUCGAAAGCCUGAUGUUCUACGGCUAUGACUCUAAUGGUAAUAUUCAUGGCUAUCGCUGCGGCGCCUUCCGCCCGGAAGAGCUCAACGAUCACAGAGCUUUGAAGCAUGUCUGCAUGGACAUUGCAGAUUUUGAACUCGAAGCCCUCUACAAUAUAAAAUGCGAUAGAGAAGAGUGGGAAAGCGAUGGAGCGCUUGCCGAACGCACUUUUUUCGAAUGUGUGCAGCAGUACGAGGUAAUAGUUCUUUGGGGGUCGCUUGGUAACUUUUACGUUCAAUGGGAACCGACUGAGGAACAAGGCUUUGAAGAUGCGGUGAUAGCUGCCCUCGGACCCGAGUCUUGCACACUAGCCAUGUACUUGGAAGACGUAGAGAAGCACAGCGCAAACUUGAGUGGAAUAGAGAGCCCAUCUCAACCCAUGGAAAAGGAUAAAAUCUGGUUCCGCCGCGCGAUCGAAACAGCAAGGAAGCGUGGCGUCGAUCUCCACACACUCACAAAUCGGAACAAGCCAAUUCACCAGAUCGAGUUUCCUGAGGCGCCUGAUAAGUACGACCUCAAGACUGGACCAUGGGGUGAGAGACCAGAGGAUUGGGUCUUCAAUGUGUAUACCGGCCGCAGGGAACCGCAAGGCUGCGGGAAAUGCGGGGAUUGUGACGUUUGCUUUGGGUACUACAGUAAAGAGAUGUGGGAUGGACUAAAGAAAGAGCCGAGGAAGGUCCUGUAUGACGGCAAGAAUGAGGAUGGGACGUCAGGCUGGUAG